UAUUCGUCAGUAAACGUUGGCUAACCUUGUGUAUAGUACACAUCUUAUGGAGGUCUGUGUGUACAAAGGUUGGCGUUGGCACUUGGCAGACGGUCCUUGUUAACAGGCAGGAACACGUGUGACAGAGGUGGGCGGAGCGGAAAACUGUAAACACCAACUACCGCUCACUUCUACUAGCUAUGACUUGACUGCUAUAGCCGCUAGUACCACACAUGGUACCUAGCUAGGAUCAGAAAAAAUGUUUUUUAUUUGCACAUAACUGAAGCGCAAAAUGCGAUGCUAUCUACACGCUUAUCUCCUGUGCACGGUAUUUACAUUCUUCUCCUUACUGUAUGUGUACAGUCAGCUUGCCUCCACCUUGGAGGACAGGGACGAGCGGUCUGGAGGAGGCAGGAUAUCCGGCAGGAGCAGUCAUGACGCCGGGCACGCUCUCAGGAAAAGACCAGGACUAUUAGGCCUCCGGGACCGAGAGUGGGGACAGAAUAGGUGUAAAUCACUGUCAGUCUCUUACUGGAAUCCAUAUUGGAGACCACCUGCUGAUGAUGUUUGUGGAGUGAACUGCUUAUUGGAAUCACCUCUUGGUGAGAAGUUGAGCUCUGCUACAAAAGAACCUAAAAAUGACAGAAGUCACCUGGCCGUGGUGGCCUGCGGCGCCAGGCUGGAGGAAACUCUCACCAUGCUGAAGUCUGCCGUCCUCUUCAGCAGAAAGCCUGUGCACUUCCACAUCUUCGCCGAGGAUGAUCUGCAUGAUGCCUUCAGAAAUGCUUUGGAAAUGUGGCCCGUGGCAGUCCGGACAACGUUUACAUUCACCAUCUAUCCAAUCGCGUUUCCCGAGGAGAAUGCAAUCGAGUGGAAAAAGCUCUUCAAGCCUUGUGCCUCUCAGAGGCUGUUUCUGCCGCUAAUACUGAAGCAGGUGGAUUCUUUGCUUUAUGUAGACACAGAUAUUAUUUUCCUGCGUCCAGUGGAAGACAUCUGGGGCCUACUUUCUCAGUUUAACGCGAGCCAAUUGGCUGCCAUGGCACCGGAGCACGAGGAGCCUCGUAUUGGCUGGUACAACCGUUUCGCUCGUCACCCUUACUACGGCAAGACAGGCGUCAACUCAGGGGUCAUGCUCAUGAACAUGACGCGCAUCAGGGAAAAAUUCUUCAAGAGUGACAUGACAGCUGUAAUGCUCCAGUGGGGGGAAAUUCUGAUGCCUCUUCUUCAAAAGUAUAAACUCAAUAUCACCUGGGGGGACCAGGAUCUUCUUAACAUCAUAUUUCAUCACAACCCUGAAAACCUGUAUGUGUUUCCCUGCCAGUGGAACUACCGUCCCGACCACUGUAUCUACGGCAGCAACUGUCAACAAGCUGAAGAAGAAGGUGUCUUUAUUCUCCAUGGUAACAGAGGAGUUUAUCACAACGACAAGCAGCCUGCUUUCAGAGCUGUCUACGAGGCAAUCAAACAGUACUCCUUUGGCGAGGACAUGGAGAGCUCCCUGCUUCAGCCACUGGAAGCGGCGUUGCAGGCAACUACGCAUUCCUACUGCGGCCUAUCCAGCCACCUGUUUACCAAAAGGUUAAGAGAGAGCGUCAGGCUGCUUCAACCAGAAGACAUUGGAUCGCAAGCUAAUAUCAUUCCAGUGCCUGAUGCUGUUGACUGAUGUUCCUCCUGUGGAGAUGACCUACUGGAUGUUGUAGUUAAGACCAGACAGUGAUUUGUUUACAUUGUGUAUGCUGAGAUUGUAUUGUUGAGAUUAUAUGAGUGGAAAAAUAAUGAGCAGAAUGUGUUUUAUUUUAUUUGUGUUUUUUUUUUUGUUUUUGUUUUUUUGUUUUUUUACACAUAGAUAGUUUUGGUACACAUCUGUCUGAUGAAGACGCAAUAAUGACACAGAUACUUCCUCACUUUCCUGGAAAAUACACUGUCUUCACUUUGCCCGGCAGAGAUUACAGACUUGAUCCUGAUAAGGACAACAAUCUCUGUUUUUAAUGACAAUCACAUUUUUUUUUUUUACUUUUUUUUUCUCUUUUUUUUGCUUUUAAAUUCAGAGAGAGCUUGAAAAGGAGUAAAGACAUUUAUUUGCUUUGAGUUUCAUGAGAAAACUUAAAUUUUGACCUAAAGAGAGUAUUUUAUUUAGUAUUUUAGAUUCUUAAUAUAAUUCUGGACAAGUAUUUCCUUUCUUGGUUUUGGUUAAAGACUUAAAGCUUCUCUUGAUUAAACAUUUCAUAUUAAUCGGAUCAGUAUUUAUUGGACAUCUACGAUGUCAACCUGAAGUAUUUGUGGGUAUUAUUGCAAACACUCCGCACUUGUUCAUUUACUGCAUAUUUUAUUGGACACGUCUUGUUUGUGUUUAUUGCUUCCCGAACAAAAUCUGUUUGUGUAACUGAUGUAACUUCAAAGGGACUGUGCUCUGUCAUCAAAGCACCAAACAUCAUGAGGAAUUUAAUGAUGUAUUUGAUUAUGUUUGCUUCAAAACUGGAAAACAAAUAUUGAAUGUUUAGGAGACUUUCUAGAAUAAAGCAAAAAUAUAUUUCUAAU